UUGCCUAAAUUAGCUCUCCCCGCUCCGCCUGUUGCAACUGCACAUGCCUCUAUCAUUUUUGAGCAAGCUGCGUACAAGGUUACAGUCAGACUGAGUCUUGCUAUCCACUUCUGGAUUUCUGUCAACCAAAUCAAUAGCCUAGAUGAACACUGGCGUUCUUGCUAGAACCUCUUCCUGCGCCUUGCUUUUUAGCCCAAUGCCUUUAGAUGGCCCAACUCUAGGACUCCUCCCAUCCAUUGAUUGCCGCUACUCCACUAAAGCAUCCAUCCCGGUCAGCCCGAUUGCCGUUGAUGUCACACCACUCGCUCUUGCCCCGCUAACAAGCCAGCCAGCCAUCAAACAAGUUUUCCUCGCUCAAACCAUCUACCUCCUCCAGCUCGAACCCCUCCUGUCCUUCCUCCCUUCCCCCCCAUCUAUCUGCACCAUGCCGCCUACUCUCCCAAUCACAGAAUAUCCCCGCUUUGAUGUCUUUGGCAUGAGUCAAUCGAUGGCUACUUCACCUCAUGUUGAAGGCGCCUACUCCCUGAUUCGGCAUCCACUAGCUGAGAGGGUGGCAUCGUAUGAUCGGAAGGCCAAAGAAGCGCAUGACGUACAGAAGGAGCUCGAUGAUGCCCUGAACAAGCCAAAUGACCCACGCAUUGACCAGCUGCUGCCGCUGGUGGGAACGUUACCAAACCUCAACAUCACGGUAUACGUCCGCCGCAACGCAAGGAUCCGCGACACCUACAAUGGUAAGUGGAUAAAUCCUGUUGCAAGAGCCAGCGAUCGGGUGGUAGCUCAAAACAAAACAGGUUCGUGCAGCAACAACGGCAGUAAGUCCAGGCCAAAGAAGAAGCUGAAAAAACUGGAAGAAAUUGUGGAGAUGCCUAUCCUGGCAACGCCCCAGCCAACCCCGAAGAAGAAGAUCAAAGAAUUGGCCAACUUCUGCGGCUUAGACGAAAAAAAGUUGGUUCUUGAAGCUGAGAAGGAAUUUAGUAGGAAGAAGGAGCAAACUGACCCAAAUGCAUGAGCAAUGCCCUCUCAAUCGCUUCUUGCCGAUUGGCCCGGUGGACAGUAGCUUCGGGUGCUUUCAGCUAUCCUAGGCCUGGCCCAUUGUAUCAUUUCUUUUAUGCUGUGUCCUCUUAUCGUCGCCCGGCCUCUUCAAGGCCUGGCUAGUAGUCUCCUUUAUUUAUGUGUCUCUUGUCUCCUAAGUCGCGUCGUUGUUAUCUCCUUUUACCUUUGCAAUGUAAGCCUGUUUGGGCUUCCCAAUGU